UGUAAAAUUAAGUGUUGUGUUGACUGUCUUGUAGAUUUUAAAAGAUGGAAUUAGAAGUAGCGGCUGUGAAGCAGGACGCUGGCUUGUGCCGGUGCUGUCAUUCUGAGGGGUGCUUUAAAGAUUUAAACGAGGAGUAUGUUUGGAUGGAUGAAACUGUAAAUUACAGCAAAAUGUUACAAGAAUGUUUCAAUAUUAGGAUAUUACAAUACCCAAACAGCAAUGGCAUCAUCGGAGCCGCCAGGCUCAUCUGCGAAGACUGUGUGGUGCGGCUGCGGGACGCCUGCACAUUCCGGAAGCAGGUGCUUGCCAAUGAGAAGAAACUGGCCGAGAUGAUUGUAUACAUGGAGGCGUAUGAAAAUUCCAAAGAUCAGGCGUUCACCAUCACGGUGAAGACGGAGCCUGAAAACAUCGAUAUUGAAGAGCACGGGGUCACAAGUCAGUCUUACACAAUUUCUAUGGAACAGUAA